GCACAGUGUGUAUUUUUCAUGGGAGAGUGUACGCUCCUGCUACGAGUGCGUGUGUGUGAGAGUGGGGAUGUGUGGUGUAUGCGUGUCUGUGUGCAACCGAGUUGACAUCGAGUCGAGACCCCUAAGAAGCUGUGCGUUUAUCAUUUUUAGUUUUUGGACAGCGUUGCGGGGUGUGUGGAGGGGGGACCGAUAAGUGUAGCUGGAGUUUUAGUAGGGACGAUUGGAAAAGUAAGAUAAAGUAAUUUAUGGAGCCAGUGGGAACCGAUUUUCGUGGGAGACUGUAAAUCAUUCACACGGUAACAAGAGGACAAUGUGGACUUUUUAUUUUCUCGCCGUAACCGUUCCAUGAAAACUAAAGCUAGGUGGCCAGAUUUCUUCUUGAAGUAUUGAUCAGAUCGGACGGAGGGGCUGAAGACGUCUCCCCCUUUUCUCACCCCACGACAGAACUUUCUUGAGUGAGUGCCUGCCUGCCUGUGUGCCUUUCUCGACUCUGUGCAGGCUUGUCACGUUAGUUACACCAUCACCCCUGUCGUUAUUUGGUUUAACCUCUCUUUUCCACGACCUAAAUCAAACAUUUCUAUAUAUUUAAAAAAGAACAACCGCGAUGCUGAAGACUUUAACGAAAAAGCUGAGAAGACAGUCUCUAAAUGAAAUUCACCCUUUUCAGUUCAAGGGGAGGAGGCUCAGCCAGUGUUUGUGUUUCCCUGCAGAUCUCCUACCAUGGCAGCAACGAGGGAGGGGAGAGCGAGGACUCGGAGGGGGAGAACCAGGAGCUCGUGCAGAUCGACAGGGAGAGGAGAAGGAAUUGCGGGCUGACCCCUCUAGCUACAAGCCAGCAGCACAACCAGGAGGCGCUGUCCCCGGCGCGGCUCCGCAGGCUGCGGCUGCUGCUGGACCCCGGGCUGGACCGCCACAGUUCGGAGGAGGAGCUGGAGCGCAUCAGCCGGGACUUCCUGCAGCCGCCCGGGGAGGGCAGGAAGUGGAGCCUGCGGCAGGCUGGCGGGCCCGGGUGGUACGGGGAGCCGAGCACCUCCUCCAGCGACGAGGAAGUGAAGGAUCUCUGCGAGCUGGCGGAGCGCGACCCCUGCCUGGCCACCUCCUCCAGCCCCGUGCUCUUCAGUGCCUCCCCGCCACACAGACUCAAGCCCCUGGUCCGGGGUCAGGCCCGGCCCAUCAUCCUGGCUCAUCUGGACCAGCCAGCGCCGUAUAGACGACACCGGCACGGCUCCAGAGGGGAGCAGCGAAGGCCCAGCUUGGACCUAGAGAAGAUGCAGCAGAAAAUGUUUCUUAAGAAGAACUGUGGCGGGAAAACAAGAACAGUUAAAAUCUGGGGUUCGAACAGCAGCCGCUCCCUUCCCAGGUACACCUACGACCCUUCGACCUUCGCCUUCCGCUCGCUGAGCACUGCCCCUCCCUGUAGCCCCCGGACCCCCCCAGAGGAGCCUCCCUGUGCUUGAGGUGGAGGAGCCCCCACCUCCACCCUGAGACAAAGACAUCCCAGGAGGAGAACACAACUUUGGGCUCACUUCGUCCUCCCAGGAACCUUUCCAUCGGGAAGGUUACUUUUAAUAUUAGUUAGGAUCUGAUUAAAAACAAAAAACAAAAGCAAUGAAGUGUCUUGCAAACCAGAUUGCUCUCUCUUUCUCAGGAAUCUCAUAUAAGCUCAGCAGUAAACAGAGUGGAGUUAUAUACAGAAUUACACAGAAACCAGCAGGAACCAGAUUCCACCCCUUCCCUCAGGGUCUGGAUCAAGACUGUUUAGAAACACGCAGGCGGAGAAGGAUUUGGUCCUACGAUCUGUCUGCCUUUCAAGGGAAGCAUUACUCCUCCCUUUCAAAGCAGGCCAGCUGCAUGAAUCAGCCGGCUUCAGCUGCCAGCCUACGAUCGUUUCAGAUCUCUUAGUUACUGUAUUUUCCGUCUGCUGCCCUUUGCCUCCGAAGAAAUCCUGCUGGCAUCCCGUAGGAUUGGAGCAAGACCGCAGAAGAGUGGCCUGCCCAGCGGCAGGGAGAAGGGAUUUUGAAGAAAGCCGUCAGGACAUCGGGUAAAGCAGUAACUGCUGCAUUCAAACCUGCCACCUUGCUGUGGGGCACUCACGAAGCACAGGGGAAUUGAUGAGGGUGUGCUGCAGGGGCUUGAGAAGUGGCUCAGGAGCUCCCUGCAGUGUACCUGAAGGCGCUAACGAAACAAUCACGCCUUGUUCUAGACUAGGGGGUAAGCAUUGUGUCAGCUCAUGGGUAGGGACACACUCAGUGCUGGUCACAGACGGGUUUCAUCUAGAUUGGAAUUUGAAUUUGAGUGAGGGACACUAACCUCUUGAAGAUAAAAGAAGCUUGCUAGUAAAAAAAUAAAUUCUCCCACAUUUCUGAAGUAGACACUUCUUUACACCGCACUACCCUCAGAACAACAGUGUUUCAACUUAAAAGUGACAUUCAUACAAUCUGCAUUUUUCACAUUUCCCUUAAAGCGAAUGCACCUUAACAAUUCUACAGUAAUAAGAUUUAUAGUAAUGAUAUACACAAAACCAUGCUUGGAUAAAACCACACAUUUGUUGCUGGUCACCAUUACUUGUGACUUUGUGGAGUUAACAGCAAAAGCUAAUGUAUGAACAAGGCCUUUGUCACCAGUGACGACGCAACGUGAAAGAAAGUGCACUAUGGACUUAUGCAGCUUGCCUGCUCUCACCCUCCGAUCUUUUGCCGUCACACACAGAGGAGACAAUCCAAUCACCGAGGGCUGGCCCAGUUGUGUAAGUGAAUGUGGAGCUUGUAAAAGUUGAUGUACAGUAUGCAGAUGAAUGAACAUAAGAUGUACUGUAUUUAUGCAGAUAAAUGCAAAUGUAUGACAAUGCAAAUGUAUGAAGAUCAAAUGCUUAAAGUGUUACAAGGUAAUGGUUUGAGGCAAUGUUGUACUAUCAGAAAGAAGUCAUUAUUUUUUUCCUUCCCUGUGAAAGUGUCGCAUAUAUUCCAAAGUAAAAAUAUAUGACUUAUG